UAACCACUCUCCUCCUGUGAGACAGUGGUAAAUGACAUCAGAUAAACAGUACUGGAUGGAAAACUGGGCACAGAGGAUCAUUUAUGCAUGUGGAAAUUUGGAGAUGAAGAAUAUCUCAACUGUGGAAGAACACUGAGGGGACAUCAAAAAUCAUAUCUUGCAAUACAUCAAUCUUUUGUAGCAGGUUGAAAUGAAUCCUCUUCUGGAACAAGUUUUUGCGGGACUCAACGCAACCCUUGGAGCUUCGAAUCGGACAGACCCCCUGGAUAAAUUUUCGGGAACCCAGCUGCUAUUGCGCUUCAAACCUUUGUUUAUUCCACUCUACACCUUGGUUGUUGUUGUGGCUGGUGUCGGGAACAGUUUCCUUCUUGCCUGCAUUCUGGCGGAUAAGAAGCUGCACAAUGCCACCAAUUUCUUCAUCGGCAACCUGGCAGCUGGCGACUUGUUGAUGUGUCUGAGCUGUGUGCCGCUGACAGCGUCGUAUGCUUUCGAUGCACGUGGCUGGGCAUUUGGCCGUCCGAUGUGCCAUCUUAUUCCUUUGCUGCAAGGUGCAACGGUAUUUGCCUCUGUAUUAUCCCUCACCGCCAUUGCCAUGGACCGUUACGUCGUGGUGGCAUACCCUGUGCGGAGGCGUAUCUCAGUCUGGGGCUGUGGCGCAGUGGCAUUGGGUGUCUGGGCAGUUUCGUUAGCCCUCGCCGCUCCUCCAUCCCUCCACACUCGCUACGUGGACCUACGACCCAGUGGAAUGGAGCUGGUGGUAUGCGAGGAGUUCUGGCUGGGAGCCGAACGACAGCGCCUACUCUACUCCUGCUUCUUCUUGCUGGCAUCCUACAUGAUCCCCCUGCUGUCUGUAAGCAUCUCCUACUGUGCCAUCAGCGUGCACCUCCGCAAGCACACGUUGCCUGGCGAGCCGUCCCAUAGCCAGCAGCGAUGGAGCAAGCAGCGCCGCAAGACUUUCUCCCUUCUGGUGGCUUCUGUCCUCGCCUUUGCCCUUUGUUGGCUCCCGCUGCAAGUCCUCAAUCUCCUAUUGGAUCUAGACUCAGACUUCCAGAUUGUGGACAAGCGCUACCUCAACGUGCUGCAGGUCAGCUGCCAUCUGAUAGCCAUGAGCUCAGCCUGCUACAACCCCUUCAUCUACGCCUCGCUGCACAGCAAGGUCCGCAUGCACCUGCGGGGUUACCUGUGCCCUUGCAGACGUAGUGGACAGGAGCUGCUAUCUCGCUGCGCCUCCCGCAACCCUGCCACCUGCUUGACGCUCAUCUCUGAGGUAGCUGUGAAGGAGAGCCAAUCCCCUGAGAGCCCCGUUCCCGACAGCUGCCUCUGAAGAUCCGCAGCACAUCAGCACAGACUAAUCAGAAGGAGCACUCAGACAUUAAGGGGGUUUCGCAGCACUGGAGUGGUAUUCCAGCCAAUAUUCGAUGUUCUUAUAUGAGAACUAAGGCUUUUUUGUUGGUAGGCUUUUCUUUCAUGAGGACUAAAGAGAAUACUCAGGCUCUCAGCUUUGUUUUGAUGUUUCUGUGGACAUUAGUGAUCCAGGCUCAUGAUUCCCUCUUUGACCUUGAAUGAAAACCCCUGAUACUAAACAGAAAUUUACAAUGCAGCUUUUACGGGAGGAGUUUGUUUUGUCUGUUUGGGAAUACCCUGUCCUUGAACCCACUACAACUAGCUGACAGCUCUUUUUCACACCCUUCUUUCUUUCCACUAUUAGCAGGGAAAUCAGAUGUUUCGGCUGAGGUAAUUCUGUCCCAUCACCUCUAACCCUGCAAUAUCUUCACUUUCACAAUUAGCGGUUAAUGCUGUUUCUUUAGCUGUCACCCAUACCAGAAAACAAAUGAUGCAGAACAUCCUAUAAACCCUCUCAGCCUCACAAGUCUCUAUGGAUCACUGCUCGUCUGAUAUAGAUCACUGUUCUGAAACUCGCCCUCAGAGCCUCUCACUCUCAAGUCCAGACUCUCUCAAGAGGGCUCCAGCAAUCGGAGUUCAAUCAAAUGACAGCCUUUCGCCUCUGGUAAUGGUCUGCAUGCCCUGCUUUAAGACACAUACGAGGUAGCUCGCACUGGAACACUUCUACAUUUCUGAAGAUAGGCAUAGUUCCAUAAAAUGUUCAAGAGAGUGAGCCUGACCUUUUAUAAGUGGCAAGAGCUAAAGUAAUGAUAAUUUCACAGGAGCAAGUGCCAGUUGUUUUGCUAUUACAUGGUUUUGCCAUUUCCCUCUGAGAUUUGUGUGAAUUGAUGUUUCAUUUUGACAGCUCUCUGGAGGUGUGAGAUAGACUUAAUUAGAUGAUCUACAAUGCAUUCACACUACACUACAUUACUCACCAAGUCAACCAUUUCUCAGAUGGAUAAACAAGAGUAUAUGGCCCAAAAGAUUUAUGGAAAUUAAUGGUAGAAUGUCAGUGUGUGUGUGUUUGUGUGACAGAAACAAAGCCAUACUAUUAAUGGUUUUCUUUUGUGCUGGGUGCACACUGUGCACAUUUUUCAUAUCCUUUACGAUAGUUGCUUGUCAGAUUAUACGAUGUGACCCCAGUGAGGUCUUGAGUAAAAUCCAAAGCAGACUAUGCAACAUCAAAUAUCUUCUGACCUUGUCCCUGUCAGUUCUUACAUCUUUAUUUGUAUGUUCAAUUGAAGUUAAACGUCACAAACCAAAGCAUCUCCUUGUGUAAAGAUGUAAGGUUUUGCCUUGGAAAAAAUUCCCAGUAUGGGAAAGUAAUGUUAAAUAAGUAGCAUUGAAUUUAUUUUGCAUGUAAUAUAGUUAAACAUUUUUUAACUGGUAGAUUUUAAUCUGACUCAUACACAUCUGUCAUCAGUGGAUGUUCUCUAAUUAAUUCUUAAUUAGACUUCCAUUGUAGCUGCAAUUACAUUGUAGGACACAAUAUUCUGAACACUAUCAGAACUUCACUAGAAGCUAAGAUUAAUCUCAAAUGUAAUCAGUUGGAGCAUUUUACAAAGACGUCAACAGUAAAAAUAAAUGUAUGACCUCUGAUAAAAUCACAUAGUGUGCACUCAGCUUUAGACGUGAAUUACUGUACAACAGCCACAGCUUCCCACACAUGCAUACAGUCUUGUAGUUUUCUGGCUGCCUUGCUGAUUCUAUGCUACAACAGUGUGGUUCCAACCUAUGUGUCACUACGGGCAACAUUUUGCAGUUGUGUUACCUUGUAAAUGUUUGAGUAAAA